UCAUCACGUCUGAAGAAGUUUCAAAGACCAUUAUCAUAGAUGCUGUAGCAUUCUAAUGGUCAUUUGACCGGAAAACCUGAAUCUUUGACAAAACGUUGCUCCAAGGAUAUCUUUCCAAGCCAGCAGGACCAGGGGCAAAAACACCCAUUCCAAACGCGCUUAUUAUCUCGCGUGGGAAACACAAUGGUGUAACACCCGAAAGCAGGUGACGAGAAACGCCAGAGAUUCGGCGCGAGUCACGACUCUCCCACUAUAUAUAGACAAGCAAUUUCGCCACUUUUUAAAUUCACACACGAGAGUGACGCCCGACGAAAUCAUUGACGACGACGGCGUGUUCUAGAAGAAAAUUAAAACACAAAACUACAAAAAAGCCAAUCAAUUCAAUCGUCGUUUUUCUUCUCUUGGUUCUAUUAUAGUCAUAAGUUUUAAAGUUUGAAUCUAAUCGAUUGGUUUUUUUUUUGAGAGUUUUUGGAUUGGAUAAUAAUGGCGAGAGAAGUGGAGAAGAAAGCGGUUUUCGAUACGGACUCGGCCAAGGAGGUGGUGAAGGAGUUGAGAGCUAGCUUUGUUGCUGGAAAAACUAAAAGCUACGAAUGGAGAGUUGCUCAGUUGAAAGCCUUGUUGAAGAUGACUGAAGAGAACGAGCCGCAAAUCGCCGCCGCCCUUCGCGACGAUCUUUCCAAGCCGGAACUCGAAUCCUACAUCUACGAGAUAGCAAUGUUGAAGAGCUCAUGUAGAUUGGCACUCAAGGAAAUGAAGCGUUGGAUAAUGCCAGAAAGGGCAAAAACUUCGUUGACUACAUUUCCUUCAUCUGCUGAAAUUGUAUCUGAGCCAUUGGGUGUUGUGCUAGUAAUAUCAGCAUGGAAUUAUCCUUUUUUGUUGUCCCUUGAUCCAGUUGUUGGAGCUAUUGCAGCCGGUAAUGCUGUAGUCUUAAAGCCAUCAGAAAUUGCUCCAGCCACAGCAUCAUUGCUUGCAAAGCUGGUAGCCAAUUAUUUGGAUAGCUCUUGCAUAAAGGUUGUUGAAGGGGCUGUUUCUGAAACAUCAGCACUUCUGGAGCAGAAGUGGGACAAAAUAUUUUAUACAGGCAAUGGAAGAGUUGCACGCAUUGUGAUGGCAGCUGCUGCAAAGCACCUAACACCUGUUGUUUUGGAGCUUGGAGGAAAAUCUCCAGUCAUUGUUGAUUCAGGCAUCAAUUUACAGGUUGCAACGAGGCGGAUUAUUGCGGGCAAGUGGGGGUGUAAUAAUGGACAAGCAUGUAUUUCUCCUGACUACAUUAUUACAACAAAAGAUUAUGCUCCAAAGUUGGUAAGGUUGCAUGCAUAUGUUAACAUUUGUAAUCUAUUUCCUUUCAAUCAUUUUUCUCAAGUGCUUUCCAUCCUGCAGCUAGAUUCUUUCAAACGUGAAUUGGAGCAGUUUUAUGGAAAGAAUCCGCUGGAGUCAAAAGACUUAUCUCGCAUAGUGAAUUCGAACCACUUUGCUCGCUUGUCAAAGCUCUUGGAUGAGGACAAGGUGUCUGGUAAAAUCGUCCAUGGAGGUGAAAGAGACAAAAACAACUUGAAGAUUGCUCCCACUAUCUUGCUUGAUGUCCCACUAGAUUCUCUGAUCAUGAAUGAAGAGAUAUUUGGUCCAUUGCUUCCAAUUAUCAUGGUUGACAAAGUGGAAGACAGCUUUGAUGUGAUAAAUUCUUCAGGAACAAAGCCAUUAGCAGCAUAUCUGUUUACCAAUAAGGAGAAGCUGAAAGAGAAGUUUGUUGCGACAGUCUCUGCAGGGGGUUUGGUUGUCAAUGACACGACUGUACAUCUUGCUGAACACACUUUACCAUUUGGAGGAGUCGGGGACAGCGGAAUGGGUGCAUACCAUGGGAAAUUCUCCUUUGAUGCUUUUAGCCAUAAGAAGGCUGUUCUUUAUAGAGGUUUUGCUUGUGAUGCAUUUGUGAGAUACCCACCAUACACAAGGCGAAAGCUAAGAUUGUUGCAGGCUCUUCUUGGUGGUAGUUUAUUAAGCAUAAUCCGAGCAUUGCUGGGAUGGUCUUAGGCUUAAAAGACAACGGGUGUGGCUGUCUAUGUUGUACGUUUUCAUUUCUUUCAAGCAUGUAAUAAUAUAAUUUAAGGCACUCAUUUCAGUAUAUUUUAAAGCAUUAAUUCACUUUGACUAAGGUUGAUUGUAUACAAGACUAAAAGUAAAUUAUAUAAAUGAUUUUCAGCUUUGUCAUCUUUAAUUCAA